AACUGACAACACAGCAACCGGCGCAAUGAAAUGAAAUGGAACCGCAGCGGCAUCUCCGUAGUCAUAAAUGUCAGUCAUUUGUCAGCUCCAAUGUCAGAUGUCAGUCUACGUGAGUUUGCGGAGGUUUUGGGUGCGUCAGUCUACAAUGGCUAAAUCGUUAUUCUUAGUUUUUGUAGGGCUUAUGACCCUUUUAGUUAUAGUGCAAGUUUCCGGUGAUGGUGGCUCUAAAAAAGGCCCCAAAGUCACUGAAAAGGUAUGGUUUGACAUAACUAUCGGCGACGAAGCCAUAGGUCGUAUAGAAAUCGGUCUUUUCGGUAAAACCGUACCCAAAACAGCGGAAAACUUCAAACAGUUAGCCCUAAAACCAGCCGGUGAAGGCUACAAGGGUAGCAAGUUCCACCGUGUAAUCAGGGAUUUCAUGAUCCAAGGAGGUGACUUCACUAAAGGCGAUGGAACUGGUGGAAGAUCCAUUUAUGGUGAGAGAUUCGCAGACGAAAAUUUCAAGCUGAAACACUAUGGUGCUGGUUGGUUGUCAAUGGCUAAUGCCGGAAAGGAUACGAACGGAUCUCAGUUCUUUAUUACCACCAAACAAACCACUUGGUUGGAUGGUAGACACGUAGUGUUUGGCAAAAUACUCAAGGGAAUGGAUGUAGUGCGGAAAAUUGAGAGUACCAAGACAGACAGCAGGGAUAGACCUGUCAAGGAUGUUGUAAUCGCAGAUAGUGGAGUCGAGGAAGUUUCAGAACCUUUUGGUGUCAGUAAAGAAGAUGCCAGAGAUUAAAAAUAAUUUUUUUAUUCACGUUUUUUUCCAUAUCGGUUCCUCGUGUGAUAAAAAUUCAUAUUUUUUUCUUAUAAUAAAAAAACUUUUAUACUAAA